GCUUCAAUGAAAACAGGACAGGAAAGGGUGACACGUCGGCUGCACCUUGUUUUGUGUUCUGCAGAGCCAAAAUGAACUUGAAUUAAAUAGAUUUUAGUUUAGUAAGGACUGCAGUUGUGUCCUCUUUAUUAAUUUACCCAGCACUUCUCUACUUCUGCGUUCAAACACCCAAAAUGGACAAAGAAACAGGUGUGGUUGUGGCGACAGAGAGAUAUGGCAGCGCAGAGUCGUGGAAGUAUUUUGCAAAUGAUGGUGUGAUGGAGAGGAGAAGAGAUGGGAAAAAAGGAGAAAAAAGAGGAAACUCUGUUGUUGGAAUUUUUAAAAGUGUCUUUCUGCCUCAAGGCUACCCUGAGAGUGUCAGUGCUGACUACCUGCAGUACCAGCUCUGGGAUACUGUGCAGGCUUUUUCCAGCUCUCUUUCAGGGACUCUCGCCACUCAGGCCUCACUCAAAGGUGUUGGGGUUGGAAACCAAGAGGCAACAGUAGCUGCAGCCACUGUCACCUGGUUACUCAGAGAUGGAACUGGCAUGUUGGGCAGAAUCCUCUUUGCUUGGCAGAAAGGGAAUAAACUGGACUCUGAGGCCAAAAAAUGGAGACUGUUUGCUGAUGUUCUCAAUGACAUUGCCAUGUUCAUGGAAAUAUUGGCUCCAUUUUUUCCUGCUUUUUUCACCCUGAUUGUGUGCACAGCCGGGAUAUUCAAGUCUAUCGUUGGAGUGGCAGGCGGUGCCACCAGAGCUGCUCUGACUGUUCAUCAGGCCCGCAGAGACAACAUGGCCGACAUCUCGGCCAAAGAUGGCAGUCAGGAGACUUUAGUGAAUCUGGCAGGCCUGCUGGUCAGUUUGAUACUCAUUCCUCUCGUCACUGAUAACCCAGUACUGACACUCAGCCUCUUCUUCCUUUUCACCGUCCUCCAUCUCUUUGCCAACUACAAGGCUGUGAGGUCGGUUGUCAUGGAAACCUUCAACGAGGCGCGGCUUUCGAUCGUUCUGCAGCAGUACCUGAAAGACAAACAGAUACUGAGUCCGUUAGAAGCCAAUCAGAGAGAACCAGUUUUCUUUGAGCUUAAAAAAACAAUGCCUGUCAGACUCGGAGUGAGGCUACAGGAUGUUCUACAAAACCCAGAGGAACUUAAUUUGGCUUUGAAGGAGAACAGCAUGCCUUACAUGUUAGGAGUAAAAAAUGGUUGUGUUUGUGUUUGUUUGGGACCAGGAGCAUCAGUACAUGACGAAAUCCGAGCAAUGUGCCAAGCUGUUUGGCUUAGCAGCAAGUUGAGCAGUUCACCAGAAACCCCGACACAAACGCGGUUAGGUCACUGGGAACUUGUGCACAAGAGUUACAAGCAGAUGGACACAAUUUUUGGUCCAUUUCUCAAAGGAGUGGAAGCUGCGGGAUGGGACACAAAGAGAACUCUGUUAGACUGGGAUGAGUGGAGAGUUGAGUGGAAAACAAAAAGCAACUGAGCUGAAAUGCCUGCAGCCAUUUCAAACUGUUAAUAUUCCCUUUUACAAUGUUUUGAUUUUUAAUAAAGAUCAGUAUUUUCUUGAAA